AUGAGCGCGGACCGCUCGCCGCGGGGUUCAGGCAUCGCGCACCUCCGCGGGGGCCGUGCCCGUCCCGCCGCCGCUGUGCCCGGUACAGCAGAGCCGCGGCCACCGGCUCCGUGCCUGUCCCCGCACCUCGCGCUGCGGGACUGCCCCACAGCUCCGCAGGGACCCCGCGGGGACGUGGGCGGCGGGGCAGCCCCGGGGGUCACGGCCCUGGCUGCCCCGGCCCAGUUAAAGAUUGUCCAGGUUCGCCCCAGCCGCCACGAGGUGGGAGAUAGGCCAGGGGGUCCCGCCCCGCCGGGGGGUCCCAGAGGUGGCAUUAGGGACAUCGCGUGCGAAGGGGCUCCGGCCAGACCCGGGAGGGCCGUCCUGGUCACUCGCAGUCACGCUACGGGGCUGUCCGUGCCGGCGGUGACACCGAGCGCUGCCAUGUGGCCGCCGGGGAGCCCCGUGGCGGUGUCGGGCAGCGAGGCGCUGCUGGCGGCCGCCGCGCUGUGCCUGGUGCUGCUGCUGCUGCUGCAGCGGCUGCGGGCGGCCGUGCCCGCGGGGCUGCGGCGGCCGCCGGGCCCGCGGGGCUAUCCCGUGCUGGGGAACGUGCUGGAGCUGCGCACGGACACGCACCUGGCGCUGACGCGGCUGAGCCGGCGCUACGGGGACGUGAUGGAGGUGCGCAUCGGGACACGGCCCGUGCUGGUGCUCAGCGGGCUGGACACCAUCCGCCAAGCCCUGGUCAAGCAAGGAGAGGACUUCAUGGGACGCCCCGACCUCUACAGCUUUCGUUUUGUCACGGAUGGGCAGAGCCUGACGUUCAGCCCCGACUCCGGGGAGGUGUGGAAAGCGCGCAGGAGGCUGGCCCAGAGCGCCCUGAAGAGCUUCUCCGUCGCCCCCAGCCCCACCUCGUCCUGCAGCUGCCUGCUGGAGGAGCACGUCUCCAAGGAGGCCGAGUACCUGGUCACCAAGUUCCUGCAGCUGAUGGAGGAGGACAAGAGGUUUGAGCCCUACCGGUACCUGGUGGUGUCGGUGGCCAAUGUCAUCUGCGCCAUGUGCUUUGGCAAGCGCUACGAGCACGAGGACCAGGAGCUGCUCAGGCUGGUGAAUUCCACGGAAGAGUUCACUGCUGUCACUGCUGCUGGCAACCCCGCUGACUUCAUCCCCCUGCUCCGCUACCUGCCCAGCCGCAGCAUGAAGCUCUUCAUCGAUUUCAACAGGUACUUCCUCAGCUUCCUGCAGAAGAGGGUCAAGGAGCACUACGAGACCUACGAUGAGAACAACAUCCGGGACAUCACGGACUCCCUCAUUGAGCAGUGCCUGGACAAAAAACUGGGAACAAACACGGCCACACAGAUCCCCAAGGAGAAGAUUGUCAACCUUGUGAAUGACCUCUUUGGAGCAGGCUUCGACACCGUAACCACAGCCCUGUCCUGGAGCCUCAUGUACCUUGUGACAAACCCCAAGAUCCAGAAGAAGAUCCAUGAAGAGCUGGACCGCACCAUCGGGCGCGAGAGGCGGCCGCGGCUGUCGGACCGGGGCACGCUGCCCUACACGGAAGCCUUCAUCCUGGAGAUGUUCAGGCAUUCCUCCUUCCUGCCCUUCACCAUCCCACACAGCACCACCAAGGACACAGUGUUGAACGGCUACUUCAUCCCAAAGGAUCGCUGCGUGUUCGUCAACCAGUGGCAAGUGAACCACGACGAGAAGCUUUGGAAGGACCCAGAGACCUUCAACCCCGAGCGUUUCCUCAGCGCGGAUGGGACCAAAGUGAACAAGGAGGACGGGGAGAAGGUGCUGGUGUUUGGCCUGGGGAAGAGGAGGUGCAUUGGGGAGAACAUUGCCCGCUGGCAGGUGUUCCUCUUCCUGGCCACGCUGCUGCAGCAGCUGGAGUUCAGCAUCUGCGAGGGCGGCAGCGUGGACAUGACCCCGCUCUACGGACUGUCCCUGAAGCACAAGAGGUGUGAGCACUUCCAGGUCAGGCAGCGCUUCCCCACCAAGGGCAGGAGCUGA